ACUCUCGCUUGAGUUGCAGGCUCGUCACUCUGGAGCGAGCUGGCUGUUGAGAGAAUAAUAAAGCAGCGACGCGGCUGAAAUCUUGGGCAGUGGAGGUUCAAGAGGCUUGCAAAGAAAAGCGGGAUCCUGAGGGUGUUUAUUUUUUAGGUUUGCCUGCAGAAGUGAAGGACAGAGCAGUUUUAAUUGAGAGUAAUUUGCUUAACAUUCCCCAAGCUGUGCUGAUACUGACUGCCAGCUUGCUACUAUAAGCAGUUUGUGUCCCAGUGUAUGUGUGCGUGCUUCCGACUUAUCUGUUUAAGGGAUCUCUUUGCUGUGCACCACACACACUAAUGUGUUUUUCACACAGUUCCUGGCUUUAACUUUGAAGUGGACAUCUUUUUGUUGGGAAGUUUUCCCUGUGGUGGUUUUUUAUUUUUGUUUUAUUUUUUUGUUUUUAUUACUUCGACAUGUUUCCAAGAACCAGGUUAGAGGUCCUGAUCUCGUGGAAGUUUUGCCAAAAAGGUCUUUCUGCUUUUGCUUCAGUUUGAGGAUACUGUAGAAAUUUCACUGCUACGUCUUGCUGCAACUUCAUGUCCGCUUCAUGCAGGAACAAACUUGAACACAGGUUUUUAUGGAGUGUACUUUUAUUUGAGGGAUUGUGCCUUCAAAAGAGAAAGUAAAAGAAGUAUUCUGUCUGGUUGGGCUCUCUCUGAACUGCUUUCAUGAGGUAACAGUGGGCAAAAGAAGAACAAACAACCCCAAAAAACACUACCACCCCCCCACCCCCCCUCCCACCCUGUCCCUCCCCUCUCCCAACCUUCGUUUCAUCUGUAGCCAAGCGAUGGGCCAAAAAAUAUCAGGGAGUAUAAAGUCUGUGGAUGUGAGGGAACCUGCAUUCCGGCCGGUCAGACGGGAGCUCCGGGGCCCCGACUUCUGCAAACCUGCCCGGCUGGACAUGCUGCUGGACAUGCCUCCAGCCCCCAUGGACGUCCAGCUGAAACACUCCUGGAACAACGAGGACCGCUCGCUCAACAUCUUCGUCAAGGAGGAUGACAAACUGACCUUCCACAGGCACCCGGUGGCCCAGAGCACAGACUGCAUCCGGGGCCGGGUGGGCUACACCAGGGGGCUGCACGUCUGGCAGAUCCACUGGCCCACGCGGCAGAGAGGGACGCACGCUGUGGUGGGAGUGUCCACGACCGAAGCCCCCUUGCACUCGGUGGGCUAUACCUCACUAGUGGGCAGCAACGGCGAGUCAUGGGGCUGGGACCUGGGACGCAACAAGCUGUACUACAACAGCAAAAACCAACCUGGACUUACUUAUCCCGUGUUUUUGGAGCCGGACGAGUCGUUUGUGCUGCCGGACUCUUUGUUGGUGGUUUUGGACAUGGAUGAGGGGACGCUGAGUUUUGUAGUGGAUGGGCAGUAUCUGGGAGUGGCCUUCAGAGGACUCAAAGGGAAAAAACUGCAUCCAAUCGUUAGUGCGGUAUGGGGUCACUGUGAAAUUACAAUACGAUACAUCAACGGACUUGAUCCGGAGCCUCUUCCCUUAAUGGACUUGUGCCGGAGAUCAGUCCGCCUAGCGCUCGGCAGAGAUCGACUGCAGGAAAUAGAAUCGCUACCCUUGCCUCAGUCCCUGAAGAAUUAUUUACAAUACCAGUAAAUAAGAAAAGAAGAAAAAAAAACUUCUGGACGAAAUCGAUGCAAACGACGAUGGAAGCUAUUGUUUACACAUGAGUGUUGCUCAUCUCUGUGGUGAACACUUGAGUUUUUAUUUUAUGUGGUGUCAUUCUAAAUCAGUAUCGGCAGGGCCCAAUAGGAACUACUGUACUGGAGGCAGGAGUUCACACACCCUCUGAAUCGCUGAAAAGACGCAAACCCUCUGGAGAUGCCUAUGUUCUGGAUCAGGCCUCUGCUUCCCACGCACAAACACCAGAAAGGACUACAUUAGAGUACUAUGUUAGCAAAUAUUUUUUAAUUCUUCAGUAUGGGUCUUUACCUCCAUUGCAAGACCGUUUCUCUUGUAAUCAUAGAAUAUAAUAUAUUACGGUAUUACUUUUUUAAAAUUAGAAGCCUGCUAGAUUUGGCUGGGGCUUAAUAUUUAUUCUGAUACAUUCAAAGCAAAAUGAGUUCCUAGGAAGUUCUGCAUGAUUUCAUCCUUGAAUCUGUUCACUACCAUGCUUUCUUUAGACAAAUCACCUUUCAAAGCUUAAGUCUCUCCUUUCCUUUUUUUUUUUUUU